UUCUCCUCCUAGCUUUCUCCUCCUGUCUCCAUUACUCCGGCCUAGUUAUUAUGUUACCCUACUAGCCUUUGCCCCCACAAGGCCAUCGAAAGGCGUGGCAGCCAAGUUACACUACCAGGUCGGCCGGCCGGCGAGGAGAGAAAAGGCGAGACCUUUUUUCUUCUUCUUAUGAGAGAGAGAGAGAGAGGAAUCGGGGAGGGAGGUGGAGGUGGCCAUAAUUCUUGCGAGCUAGCGCGCGCGCGGCCGAGCAAGAUCAUAAGCCAAAGACAAAAAGGCCGAAAGGCGAAUCAUGCUGCCACAUGCCACACCCUAUACAAAAGCUAGCCCUAGAGCGACCAGCAGAAGCAUCCAUCCAUCUCGCCGAUCGCCCACGCAAACUCCCGACUUAGCUACAUACUAGAUAGAUCCAGCGGCCGGCUUCCAUCGUGUUGUUGCUUCCGCUCCGAUCCAGUCGAUCGAUCCAUCGGUCCAUGGGAGCUCAUGGAGAUCGCCGCCGCCACCGUCGUGAGGAGGUGGGGGUGCUGCUGGAUGAAGACGAGGAGUUCGAGCAGCACGGGGGAGGCUGCGGUGGCGGAGCGACGAGUGGGGUGGUGGAGCAUGAAUUAGAAUUAGGCCAAGAUGGUGGAGGCGGCAUGGUGUUCGAGGCGAGCAGCAGCGUGGGGAGCGUGAGUGCGACCAUGGGCCCGCCCCCGAUCAUGUGCUGGCCGCCGCCGGCCCCGUCGCUGUCGUCGCAGCAGCAACAGCUCCACCACCAUAACCUAGUCAGCGACGGCGGCGGCGGCGGCCAGGGCCCCUUCUUCCCGAUGCUACCGCCGCUGCCUCCGCAGCCUCCUCCGCCGCCGCCCUUCUUUGCGGACUUCUACGCCAGACGCGCGCUCCAGUUCGCCUACGACCACUCGGGCGGCGCGUCCUCCUCGUCCGACCCGCUCGGCGGCUUCGGCGCCGGGCUCUACAUGGGCCACCACGGCCACGGCAUGAUGAUGCCGCCGCCCUUCGGGCCGUCGCCGUUCGGGGACUUCGGGCGGAUGACGGCGCAGGAGAUCAUGGACGCCAAGGCCCUGGCCGCGUCCAAGAGCCACAGCGAGGCCGAGCGCCGCCGCCGCGAGCGGAUCAACUCUCACCUCGCCCGCCUCCGCAGCCUCCUCCCCAACACAACCAAGACGGACAAGGCGUCGCUGCUAGCGGAGGUGAUCCAGCACGUCAAGGAGCUCAAGCGGCAGACGUCGGAGAUCCGGGAGGAGGCCUGCCCGCUCCCCACCGAGUCCGACGAGCUCACCGUCGACGCCUCCAGCGACGACGACGGCCGCCUCCUCGUCCGCGCGUCCCUCUGCUGCGACGACCGCGCCGACCUCCUGCCCGACCUCAUCCGCGCGCUCAAGGCGCUCCGCCUCCGCGCGCUCAAGGCCGAGAUCACCACCCUCGGCGGCCGCGUCAAGAACGUGCUCCUCGUCACCGAGGACGACACCCUCGCCCCGUGCGGCGACGACGAGGACGGCGCGCCGACGCCCAUGUCGCCGCAGCACACCGUCGCGUCCAUCCAGGAGGCGCUCAGGGCGGUCAUGGAGCGCACCUCUUCCUCGCCCGGCGGCGGCGGCGAGGACUCCGGGGGAUCGGCCAGCGGCGGGCUCAAGCGGCAGCGCACCACCAGUCUCUCGGCCAUCCUCGAGAACCGCUCCAUCUAGGCUAAUUAACAUCAAUUCAUCCGCGUACGUGAUGAUCUUUCGAUCAGAUGUGCAAUACCAAAGGAAACGGGAGGAGGAAACACAACGUACAUGCACCAGAGUACCCCUCAUAGUAUCUCAGUCUCAUAGUUGAUGACAGUAAUACCGCGCACCUAGCUGCUAGUCAUGGAUCAUUUGUUCCGAUCCACAAGUGCCAAGUGCGCUACUGUUUCUCGCCUCAUUUCGAUUAGUUUUCCCCCCAAUUGAUUUAUACUAGUCUUUCUUUUGUUUGUGUGAUUGACGAAUUAGCUUGGUGGUGUGUGUACGUAUCUCUUGAUGGGAUUGAUCUCAGGGGUCAAUACAAAUCUUCUAGUCCCGGCCUCUUCUAGAUGGA